ACUACGGUAGCGUAGCCUUCUUCCUCCCAUUUUCCUUCCGCACUAUCACUCACUCCUCAAAAUGGUCUGGUUUGGAGUUGAUGGGUCAGGCCUUCGCUUUCCUUAAACCCUCCUCCCAGAUGACAUCUCAGCUCGACGCCGUCUCCGUCGCCGUCGCCGUCGCCGCCAAGCGCAAGCUGGAGGACUACUCCGAUGACGUCUUCUACGCUGACUUCUUGAUUCCCUCCGCCGUCAGAAUGCGAAAGGACCAGCCCCUUCCCACCUCCCUCACCGAUUCCCCUCACCUCUCUCACUUCCGCUCAUCAGCCUCCUCCGAGGUUUCCACCUCCCAAUCGUCGUCUUCCUUCUCCGCCGCUUCGUCCUCCUCGAUCACCUCGUUUUCCGGACUAUCUCGGUGCCCGGGUCCGGUUCAAUUCUUCGUACGGUUGUUGUGCGGCGGGAGUACUUUAGUCCUCGAAGCAUAUCCGGAUGACUCAGUGGAAUCAAUCCACGAGAAAAUCCACUCAAUCACCGGAAUUCCUGUAUUCGAGCAGAGGUUAAUUUACAGAGGUAAGCAACUUCAGUGGGAGCAGACGUUAGCCGAGUGCGGUAUUCAGAAGGAUGCUGGGUUGCAACUUGUGGGACGGAUGCGCAGCACAGGUCACCCUCAGGCAUGGCAGUUCAUGGACGACAUGGUUUCAGCGAUCCUUGAGCUCUACAAGAGCCAAAAUCCUCAACCUACCAUGCGAAUAAAAACAAGGCUCAAGGAUUUUCUUGAAAAUAUCCCGAGAGAUAAUGCUGAUAAAGCGUCUGAAUACCUUCAAAUCUUUCUGGCGUCUCGUGCUCCUGCUGCUUUGGUGUUGCUUUAUAUGUCUCCUGUUAAAACUUAUAAAGAUUGUGCAGAAGAAUCUAUUCGCACGUUCAUCAAUUCAAGUAAGGUUAAUGCGCACAAUCCUAUGCAUGCUCAGUUUGCCCCUAUAAUUGUAGAGUUCUGUAAAUUGUUAAAUAGGGCUGUUGGGGUCAAUGAUCUUCUUUACAAUCACAGUCGGAGUAGCUUGGGGUCUAUAGUUGAAUCUGUGGGUGAGGAUAUGAUAGAAAUGAAAGACAUUAUCCCAUUCCUGAAGGAAUUAGCAAGCAAAAUAUCAGUAGAUUUAGGGAUGCGGGUGGAUUCAAACACUUUUGUGGGGCUAUCAGCAAGUGAGGUGCAGGAUUUCAUAGCAUUUUUGAAUCCAGUGAAGAAUGUAAUAGCUGAUGAAGUAACAUGUUCUGGCCCGAUCACUGUUCCAUUGGAGGAGGAGGGCCAUGAUGAUAGUAGUAGUGAUCAUUUGAAGCUUCGUGCAUCAUGCUAUAAGAGCGCGAUUAGACUGUUGCAUUUCAUUUUCCUGGAUUUGCUCGAAAAAAUGGAACACUGUUUAAAAAAAAUGGAAGAACGGUUGGAAACUAGAGAGAAUGGAGAAACUGUGUUCUUUGAGCUUGGAUGGUGCCAAUAUCUAGCUAUUCUGAAAGAACUGAAUGGCAUUGCCAACCUUUUCGAAGGUGCUGAUGGGAUCUUUUGGGAGAUGUUGGUGCAGCGGAAGGUCUCUUUGCGCUAUCUUGUUGUUAAAUUUGCAAAAAGAAGCGAUGACCAUAGCUGGAUUAUGAAGCAUAGGGAAGUUACUGAUUUUGAGGCAAGGAGGCAUUUGGCUAUGAUGAAGCUUCCAGAGCUAAAGGAUGAGUACGAUGAGCUGCAUGAAAUGCUCAUUGACAGGUCCCAGCUGUUAGGAGAAUCGUUUGAGUACAUUGUAAAUGCAGACCCCGACUCUUUGCGUAGUGGGUUAUUCAUGGAAUUCAAGAAUGAAGAAGCUACAGGUCCGGGUGUUUUAAGGGAAUGGUUUUUCUUGGUAUGUCAGUCAAUUUUCAAUCCUCAAAAUGCACUCUUUAUUGCCUGUCCCAAUGAUCGUAGAAGGUUCCUUCCGAAUCCAGCAUCUUCUGUGGACCCACUGCAUCUUGAGUAUUUUAGAUUCUCUGGCAGGGUGAUUGCACUAGCAUUGAUGCAUAAAAUACAAGUUGGAAUUGUCUUUGAUCGUGUGUUCUUUUCUCAAUUGGCUGGAAACAAUGUUUCCUUGCAAGAUAUAAAAGAUGCAGAUCCAUUUCUUUAUAAUAGCUGCAAACAAAUAUUGGAGAUGGAUGCAGAAGAAGUUGAUCAAGACACCCUUGGCCUAACCUUUGUACGAGAAAUUGAAGAAUUGGGCUCCAGAAAGAUUCUUGAGCUUUGUCCUGAUGGGAAAAAUAUCACUGUAAAUAGUAAAAAUAGAAAGGAGUAUGUUGAUCUUCUUAUUAAGCAGUGUUUCGUCACCUCGAUAGCAGAACAGGUAGCCCAUUUUGCUAAAGGUUUUGCGGACAUCAUAAGUAACUUACACCUUCAAAAGUCAUUCUUCGAGAACUUAGAUCUUGAAGAUCUCGACUGGAUUCUUCAGGGGAGUGAAACAUCUGUUUCAGUGGAAGACUGGAAAACACACACAGACUAUCAUGGUUUCGAAGAAAGUGAACCUCAGAUUUCCUGGUUCUGGGAGAUAGUUGGGCAAAUGACAGCAGAACAAAAAAAUGUUCUUCUAUUUUUCUGGACAUCCAUAAAGUUUUUGCCGAUAGAGGGGUUUAGUGGGUUGGGGUCUAGGUUAUGCAUAUACAGAAGCUCAGAGUCUUUUGACCACUUGCCUUCCUCACACACAUGCUUCUACCGCAUAUGCCUCCCUCCUUACCCAUCCCUGGCCAUCAUGCAAGACAGGCUUAGCAUCAUCACUCAAGAGCAUGUGGGCUGCAGCUUUGGGACAUGGUGAAUGAAAAUGAAUCAACCUACCUACCUUGCACCCUCUGUGAGUGAGGGAUCAAACAAAUGAUGAUUCUUAGUUGAACAUAAGAUAUGGAUGUACUCGGUCAGCUUGUGUAUAUUAUAUGUGAAGGGGUAAUCUUAAUAAUUAUUGAAAUUCGACUGAUUCUAAGGUACCAUUCCAUUUCGAUUACAUAUUUAUGAUGAAUUUUUAGGCAUUUUAUUCAAACGUUUCUGUACAGGCAUAUUAUUAUGUAUUCUAUUCUACUGUGUAUAUAAGGGACUAGGAUUUUCUCCCGACUUUUGGUCUUUUUCAGCUCCUUAUUUUUUCAGUUUGUCG